AUGACAAAAAAGAUUGGAACUAUAUUUAUUGGUGUUAUGGAGGGUAGGAAUCUGGUUGCAAUGGAUAGCGAUGGUCAUAGUGAUCCAUAUUGUGUGGUAAUCGUUGGUGACAAGAAAAAGAGAACCAAAGCAGUCAGACACAAUCUAAAUCCAAAGUGGGAAGCUGAGAAUUUUGAAUUUUCACUUGAUCCAUCGAUUCAUAAUGUUGUGGUAGAGGUAUUCGAUUGGGACAGAUUCAGUACGGACGAUCCAAUGGGUAUGGUUGUGAUCCCGGUUGCAUCGGUCAUCGACACCAUGGUCGAUACCAUAAAGUGGUAUCCACUGGUGCCGAUGAAGCAGGACGACAAGGUAUCGGGUGAUCUACGUCUGCGUGUCCGCUACGAAAAGGAGAAGGCCGAACAAGAGAAGAAUCCACUGAUCAAAGCUAUCAAGGACCACGAUAUCGUAGGUGUAGAACAUCUACUCUCCAAAUCAAAGACCGACAUCAACGUGUGCGAUGCCGAAGGUUCACCUGCAGUACACAUCGCCGCCACCACCAAUAACAUUCCACUUUUAAUGUUAUUACUAAAAGCAACUGAAUUAAAAAUAACAUCAAAAGAUCCACAUGGAAAUACACCACUUCAUAUAUUCAGUCAAAAGUGCUUAGUGUUGACUAAUGAAGAUCCAGUUACAAAGUUGAUUGAAAAAGGUUGUUUUGUCAAUACUGAGAAUGCAAUCGGUGAGAUUCCACUUCACAAAGCAUGUCUAUCGACUACACCAAAGACAGUGACGCUCGAAGUCUUAUUAAACAAAGGUUCAAAUAUUAAUCAUAAAACAAAAGCAGGUGAAACACCACUACACUAUGCAAUAAAGAUGGGUAGAAAUGAGUUUGUAAGAUUGUUGAUUCAACGUGGAGCAGACUUUAAUGUGGAGGGUGGCAAACCACCAAAGAAACCGAGUGAUCUCGCUCGAGAGUUGGGUCACACUGCCAUUCUCAAUAGAAUACAGCAGUCACAGGAGAUCAGUGAGUGGCUAUCCAAUCUACAACUCGAUGCACUCGUACCAACAUUUAUAGAGAACGAUAUGUUCCUCGAUGUUCUACCGGAUGUCGAUGAAUCCACCCUUGACAGUUUGAAAAUAACUGUAUCCGGUCAAAGAACAAAACUAUUAAGAGCUGUUAAGAAAUUGAAAUCUGGAUCAUUAUCUAGUUCAAAUUCAUCAUUCUCAGCAAGUACAUCUGGUUUAUCAGAGUCGAUGGCUUCUACUACCAUUUCUAUGAGUGGAAGUAUGAGAGGAUCAGCAAUCAACACUAGCAGUGGUAACUUAAAUAUCUCAUGUAACAACAGUGGUUCAACACCAAUAAACUUAAGUAGCAGCAGUGUAGAUGCAAUUAGCAGUAGCGGUAAUAAUAUAGUAAACAGCAACAAUUCAGAACCAAAAUUAAAUGGAAGCACCAAUUCAACUUCACCUGUGGUUGCUUCACCUAUAAAUGAUAAUAAUAAUAAUAAUAAUAAUAAUAUAGUAAAUAAUAACAAACCAACAACAACAACAACACCAAUAGACGAUAAAAAUAAUAGUAAUAAUAAUAAUAAUAAAAAUAGUAGUAAUGAUGAUGAUAAUAAUAAUAAUAAUACACCAAAAGAUUUAGAGAUACCAGAUGCAAAAGGAAAAGAGAUAAAUAUAAACUAUCAGGAUUUAGCACAUUUGAAGCAUACACAUUUAGAAGAUAAUACAUCGUGGGUCAUUGAUGAAUCCAGUCUUAAAUUCCUGAAUCUACUGGGUGUUGGUGCAAGUGGUAAAGUUUACAAGGGAACUUACAAUGGUACUGUAGUUGCAAUCAAAGUUUUGAAAGCUUUCACAGAUGCCAAAGAUAUUCAAGAAUUUAAAAAGGAAUUUCAAAUUGUUAGUGCAUUGAAAGCACCUGGAGUUGUAUAUUUUUAUGGAGCAGGUAUUAAAGAUAAAUUAUGUAUAGUUAUGGAAUUUUGUUCGAGAGGUUCACUAUAUCAUAUUUUGAAGGAUGAGACAGUACAAUUCACUUGGAAUAAUUUGUUCCAUCUCGCAGUGCAAGCCAUCAGCUCUCUCAAUUCUUUGCAUACAUGGUCGCCACAGAUCUUACAUAGAGACUUGAAGAGUCUGAAUCUGUUGGUCACCGAGGACUGGGUCGUCAAGAUUUGCGAUUUCGGUCUGUCCAGAUUCGACACUGGUAGUAACCUCGAAACGCUAGGCAAGCUCAGAGGUACCUAUGCAUACGUCGCACCCGAAGUCUACUUUGGUAACAAAUACACUCUGAAGAGCGAUGUCUACUCGAUGGGUAUGAUCAUCUGGGAGAUGAUCUAUCGUUGUAUCAACGGUGCACAUCAAUUCCCCUAUCAAGAGUAUCCGAAUCUCAAGUUUGACUACCAGAUCCUGAUUGCCUCGGCCAAGAAGGACAUGCGUCCAACGUUCCCGCCCUCCACUCCACAGUGUCUCGUCGAUAUCAUCUCCAAGACUCUUCUUAAGGAUUCAACUCUGAGACCGACCACACAGGAGCUCUACGACGAGAUGACCAAGUGCAGAAACGAAUAUCUCGCCAAUCAAGAGGAGUGGGAUGCCAAGAGAACCAUCCCAGAGCAACAAAAGUUCCCCAACAGCCAGCCACCCCCACCACCAACAGCAGCAGCAUCACCAGUUUCACCAGAUAAACCAGCGAGUGCAUUACCAGAUCAUCUAACUCGUAGUCGUUCCAAUUCAUCCCCUGUAGAGCCUUCUCUUCUUUUAAAGAAAUCAUCAAAGAAUUUAAUUUUACAUUAA